UUUGGCCGUGAUGACAGGUCUUUCCGAAGAUGUAUUUUUACCCUCUGGACAAAUAGCAGUUGGGACGAGUGGGGCUUUUUUAUGAGUUGAGGUACUCAGAGCUGGAAAAUAAACAGGCAGCUAAUGAAACGUUCUUAUGGAAACUGGCAUAAAUAAUAACAAAGGAAACAUCCUGUCCCCCGUGCCAACACCCUCGGGUGAGGGGCUAUAAAAGCUGCUGGCCACCGGCCACCGUCAGACGUGGGGAACUCCGGCCGCGCUCCUGACCUGCCACCUGACCCGUCGGGACCAUGGGGUGCUGCCCAGGGGACUGCUUCACCUGCUGCCCUCAAGACCAAGACUGCUGUGAAGUGUGCUGCUGCCAGCCCGCCUGCUGCGGCUGCUGUGGUUCCUGCUGCGGCUGCUGUGGUCCCUGCUGCGGCUGCGGGGGCUCUGGCUGCGGAGGCUCUGGCUGCGGAGGCUGUGGGAGUGGCUGCUGCGGGAGUGGCUGCUGUGGCUCCGGCUGCGGCUCCGGCUGCGGGGGCUGUGGGAGCGGCUGCUGUGGGUCCGGCUGCUGCGGCUCGUCGGGGUGCUGUGGUCCUGUCUGCUGCCAGCCUACGCCUGUUUGCGAGACGAAGUGAAGCCCUCUGCCCCCUCCGCGGAGCUGCCCUAGCAAAGCCUCCACCUGCGGCAGGUGGAGAGACUCCUUGUCUCCAGGACAUUCCUGGCCCCCAAGACAGCGUCCUGCCUCCGUGUUAUUUGUAGACGAGGGCUUGUUCUCCAAUGCCUGCCCUGGUGUUUCAAGGUCCUGAGAGUAAGAGCCAUAAGCUGGUGAGAAAAUGGAAACUGGGUCCCAUCCAAAGUGAUCCCCGAAGCUUGCAGGGUGACCCCCCCAUGGCUUUAUUUUCAUGGACUUAAAUGUCUUGUCACUGGAAGGCAUCCUCUUACUCAAGGUGGCUUUGGGACUGACCCUUCUCCUCAGCUUUCUGCUGCUUUUGAAUGCAAAAAUUUCUCUUUGUUAACUUCUUAAUAAAUUCGAGCUUGCUGG